GCAGACUUCUGUUUUCCGAAGCUGCCAUUGCAGAUUCUGUUUUUCCGUAGGAACAGACCACACCCGAAUUUCUUUUUUAAAAGACAAACGCGCCAACACAACGGGUUGAAGGGAAACACGCCAUCGCAAAACACGUCUGCGACGUUGAGGGAGACGGGGCAUUUAUUGCGAUAUCUGACCAUUUGCCCGUUGUAUUUGCAUGAAACUACCUCCCCUUUAACGACCUUUCAUUAACCGCUCGGUUUUGCUGAGACAAGCGAUGAUUUUUAUCAGCAGGUGAUUGCGAGCGGUCUUUUUAUUCAACAUGGGAAGGGAAGAUUAACCAAGCUUCUAUCAUGAUUGGAGGCUUGUUCAUUUACAACCAUAAGGGAGAAGUCCUGAUCUCCCGAGUCUACAGGGAUGACAUUGGACGGAACGCAGUGGAUGCCUUCCGCGUCAAUGUUAUCCAUGCAAGGCAGCAAGUGCGUUCACCAGUGACUAACAUCGCACGAACCAGUUUCUUCCAUGUGAAACGUUCCAAUAUCUGGCUAGCUGCUGUCACCAAGCAGAAUGUUAACGCAGCCAUGGUCUUUGAGUUCUUGUAUAAAAUGUGUGAUGUUAUGACUUCGUAUUUCGGAAAGAUCAGUGAGGAAAACAUCAAGAACAACUUUGUCCUUAUUUAUGAGCUGCUGGAUGAAAUCCUGGAUUUUGGCUAUCCACAGAAUUCUGAGACUGGGGCACUGAAAACGUUCAUUACUCAACAAGGAAUCAAAAGCCAGCAUCAGACCAAGGAAGAACAGUCACAGAUCACUAGCCAGGUAACUGGACAGAUCGGAUGGAGACGUGAAGGAAUCAAGUAUCGGCGAAACGAGCUAUUCUUGGAUGUUUUGGAGAGUGUCAACCUGCUAAUGUCACCACAAGGUCAGGUUCUAAGUGCUCAUGUCUCAGGUAGGGUAGUAAUGAAGAGUUACUUGAGUGGAAUGCCAGAAUGCAAGUUUGGGAUGAAUGACAAGAUUGUUAUCGAGAAACAAGGCAAAGGAACUGCUGACGAGAGUGCGAAAAGCGGUAAACAAUCUAUAGCAAUUGAUGACUGCACAUUCCACCAAUGUGUGAGGCUCAGCAAGUUUGAAUCUGAAAGGAGCAUUAGUUUCAUCCCACCAGAUGGAGAAUAUGAACUUAUGAGGUACCGAACCACUAAAGAUAUCAUCCUGCCAUUCCGUGUGAUCCCAUUGGUCAGAGAAGUAGGUCGCACUAAACUUGAAGUGAAAGUUGUGAUUAAAUCAAACUUCAAACCAUCCCUGCUGGCUCAGAAGAUUGAG